CUCAAACUAAACCAACACUCCUCUUCACUUAACUCCUCUCUCUCCCAACAAAUCUCUCCCUCUCUCAACAAAUCUCUCUCUCCCUCUCUCUCUCUCUCUCGUCUCUCUCUCUCUGAUGGAACCGUUUAGCUUAUGUUUAUCUACAAACACUUCAUCCGAUUCAUCAUCAUCCGACUCUUCGUUAAAUGGAGCCAAGGCUCCGAGAGAUGUGAACAAGCCCGAGAAGAUUAAAGGCCCGUGGAGCGCGGAGGAGGACCGGAUCCUGACCCGACUCGUUGAGCGAUUCGGAGCUAGGAACUGGUCACUCAUAAGUAAAUACAUCAAGGGCCGCUCAGGAAAAUCGUGUCGUUUAAGGUGGUGCAAUCAAUUAAGUCCCGAUGUUCAACAUCGUCCGUUUUCGCAAGACGAGGACGAGACUAUUUUAGCGGCACAUCAGAAGUACGGGAAUAGGUGGGCCACUAUUGCGCGGUUGCUUCCGGGGCGCACCGACAAUGCGGUUAAAAAUCAUUGGAAUUCGACGCUUAAAAGACGUCAACUCGACUCGGUUCAAACUCGAUUUAACGAAAACGAGACAAAUGAUGUACAAAUAAACCGGGGAGAUUCGAAAUGUGGGGUAUCAGGAUCAUUGGACAUGAAUGUGGGCCCGGACGAGAUUGAUCCCAUGACCACGCUGACGUUAGCGCCACCGGGUAUGGGGAGCGGGUCGGACCGGGGAGGGGAAAACGGGCCGGAAGUGUUUUGGGAUGUCAUGAGAAAUGUGAUUGCGAGGGAGGUUAGGGAUUACGUAACGACGUCGUUUCAGGAAGGUUCUGGUUAUAGGUAGGAUUUUAUUUAAUUAAAUGAAAUUAAGCAAAAUUAUUUCUGGUGGGUUAAUUAUAUUAAAGUGAAGUACGAUGUAAAAGUACAUAAACGGCCAAAGGGCCGGUUUAAAGUGAAGACUUUGUGGAGCGGUUUAAUCACAUUCUUCACGUGGAUAAAUAUAAAUUAUAUUAUCCCUCCUUUUUCUCAUCAAAAACAAUGUGCAAAUGUGCUGAACACUGUUGUGUUGUCCAGUAGUAUAUUGAUUAUUAUGGUUGUGCAGUGUUCACAUGUAUCCGAAAUUCAGAACUCAUAAGCGUGAUGAGAUGAGAUGAUAAGAUUAAUUUCUGUUCUGUACUAUUUUUUUUAAUAGUUUCGGUUAGAUUUUUGUUUGGACGGUUCUCUUCUUUUUAUUACAUUCGGACCUGACAAAUAGAAGUGUUGUCUGUUGCCAGGGACGUAUUUAGAGGUAGGCACUGAUCUUCCCAAUAGAAAUUGUUUAUUUGCUUUCA